GAAAAAUGUGUGAAUAUUUCAGUUCAGGAUUGGUAUUGCGUAACAUAAUAUUUUGCAGUGUGCGAGAUCGCAAGAUCGAGCAAUAAAUUAAUGCGUUCUGGUACGUUUGAAGUGAAAUGAAUAAUGGUUUUGCAGAGUAUUAGAGAUCUUGAUGAUGACGUUUAUCCGGGUGUCCAGGACUAUGCACGAUGCCAGUCAAAGGCGUUUUUGAAGGGCUUUAUUGGUUUUAUAGCAGGAGCCGCUGGUGGAUUAACGGCUAGUAUCUAUGCCCGACAAAGAUAUCCAAGGUUCACUGCUGCUCAUACAGUCUCUGCAAUAGCAGGUGGAGCCAUUACCUGCGGCUACCUGGUGGCAUCCAUAGCAUCCAGAGACUGCCAGAAGAAAUGGGUGAGAACAGCUCAAGCAUCAGGUUACAACGAUGACAACGUUACAUCUCCUAGAACAGUCACAGCAGAGCAAUCUAUCGCACCACAGCCGUUACAGGGAAACACUUCAAAUGCAGUUGCGGCACACGGAGGACAAGACAAGUUUGAUGGACCGGUUUCGAAGAACAAAUAUGGAGAUACUAUGGAUUAACCCAUGAAUAGUUUGGAAGACUGGUAUUCAGUGAUGAACUUGUCUGGUUGCCAGCUUCAGCAAUAUGCAGAUGGGACAGUGUUGGGGCCUUUCAAUAAAACUCGACAUUUUGUGACCUAAAGAUAGUAAAGACUUGCUGCAUGGCUUGGUUUCUUCAUACUGCCAGAAUUUAGAUAAAAUAUUUUAGAAUUUUUCUUUCCUGUCCAGAUCUAACAAUGAUUAUGUAAAACUGAAUGGAAAGAAUAGAAAUCUAUUUAAUUUUUCCAUCCAUCAUUUAAAAAGAGACUUUCCAUUAAUAUACACAUGCAGAUUAAAUUCCAAAAUGAUUGGGCUACAGUGUAUGCAGAUGAACCCUAUAAAGACUGGGCUAUUUUGAUGCCUGAAUAGUCGGGUUGGGGGUUUGGGGAGAGGUUGAUUCAGUCUAAAUGUCAAAACGAUGUGGUAGGCACAAAGGAAAAUAAGUUGUGAAACGUCUUCUCACAAUAUUUAUCACAAGAAAUGUUGGGGUGUUGGGGGUGAAUUAGCCCCCUCCCCAGCCUCUUAAGGGUAAAUUGAGAUACACCUGUAUUCACCUAGAUGUGUUUGAUUCCUCCGACACCAUUUCUGCAAAAGUUGCUACAUAGGCACUCACCUGUUCAUUUAUAUCAUCGUGAUAUCUCAACGUAAAUAUAUAUGCAUUUAUUUAUUCAUUGGCCUGACCUCCUUUGCAAGGCAUCGGUCUGCACUUUGCCUCUCUUCACCCAGGUGAUAAUGGAUAGGAGACGAGUGCCGAUGUAGUAUGCUUAGUGUUUCAAUAAGGCUGGAAACCAGGCCAAUUUUUUUUUUCAGGGGUUAUUUUUCACAACCUGCUGCCUAAUUCUGCAACAUUGUAUAACCUUUAACAUUGCAGUGUAUGGGAAUUAUCUGGGCUCCCUUGUUUUAGUUUCCAAGGCUUUUUUAAAAGCAUUUUGGGGGCUAAAUCACCCUAUUAAAGCCCCUGUGUAAUUGUUUUCCCUGAUGGAAACUCUUGUUGGAAUGCACCUCAGGAAGUGGAGAAAGUGCAAGUCUGAACAUGUAAAGUUGUGUGCUAGGAAGCCAGGAUGACUGAGGACUCUGAUAAUACAAAGAUGUUGUUUUGAUAUAUUAUGCAUUAUAUAAAUCAUGUUCUUAAUAAAUUCAAAUUUAUGAUAUA